AUGCUUUCUUGUAAUUCACGACAAGCAUCACCUCAGUAUGAAACUGAACCCGAAGGUGAACCUUCAUCAUCUCAACAAGCCGAUUCAUUCUCGUCUCAACAUCAAAUGGAACUUUCGCAAGAGGACGCUGAUGAAUUAUUUGGUUGCAAUUAA